UCUCUCUCCCCCCCUCUCCUCGUUUUCUCUCUCUAAAACUCCUAAGUCGGUGAAGUGAAAAAGCUUGAUUGAUCAUCAAUGGAGGUGCUGCUCUGAGCCGCGGCUUCGUUGAAGAGAGCGCGUUCGGUUUGCGAUUGGAUUCCGGGAGCUGCGAGCAGGAAGAGAGAGAGAGAGAGAGAGAGAGAGAGCUUUAAGCUUUUGAAGCUUGUGAAGGUUUAUUAAUGGCGGUGGAGUAUGAGUGCUGCAGUAGCGGCUUCUUCAUUCACAUAGUGGUGAUUGUUCUGCUGGUUUUGUUCGCGGGGCUAAUGUCCGGGCUCACCUUGGGCCUCAUGUCGCUCAGCAUCGUCGAUCUUGAGGUCUUGGCCAAGUCCGGCAAGCCCAAGGAUCGGAAGCACGCCGAGAAGAUUUUGCCUGUUGUCAGGAAGCAGCACCUGUUGCUUUGCACCCUACUAAUCUGCAAUGCUGCUGCAAUGGAGGCACUUCCGAUUUUUCUGGAUGGUCUGGUGACAGCUUGGGGAGCAAUCCUUAUCUCGGUGACGCUGAUUCUUCUGUUUGGAGAGAUUAUACCUCAAUCUAUUUGUACCCGAUAUGGUUUGGCGAUAGGUGCUACAGUGACUCCAUUUGUCCGUGUUCUUCUGUGGGUCUGCUUUCCUAUUGCAUACCCAAUUAGCAAGUUAUUAGAUUAUCUUCUCGGCCAUGGACAUGUAGCUCUGUUUCGCAGAGCUGAGUUGAAAACACUUGUAGAUAUGCAUGGCAAUGAGGCUGGAAAAGGUGGAGAAUUGACACAUGAUGAGACAACAAUUAUUGCUGGAGCACUUGAACUCAGUGAGAAAAUUGCUAGUGAUGCCAUGACGCCUAUAGCUGAAACUUUUGCAAUCGAUAUUAAUGCCAAGCUUGACAGGGAUCUAAUGAAUUUGAUAAUGGAGAAAGGGCAUAGUAGAGUACCAGUUUACUAUGAGGAGCCUACUAACAUAAUUGGACUUGUCCUGGUAAAAAAUUUGUUGACAGUACAUCCAGAAGAAGAAACACCUGUUAAGAAUGUCACUAUACGCAAGAUCCCAAGGGUUCAAGAUACAUUGCCCUUGUAUGACAUACUGAAUGAAUUUCAGAAAGGUCAUAGUCACAUGGCUAUUGUUGUAAGACGGUGCAAUUCCGUGGAGCCGCCCAACAGCAAUACAGCUGAUAGUAAGUCCCUCUUUCCUAUUGCAAUAAAUAGUUUCAUACAAAAGGUACCGCCAUCUGCUGCUUCUGCCCCUUUAACCAGUCUUUGUCUGUUCAACAAAUCAGUGAAAGAAGUGAGAGUGCACAUUGAUGGUGAAAAGCCUAUCCAGGAGAAGGGUUUGAAGAGCAAAAGAUCACUAAAUAAAUGGAAGAGUUUCUCCAACACUGGGGAUCAUUCAUUCAAGAGUGGGUCCAGAAGCAAGAAAUGGUCAAAGGAGAUGUACUCAGACAUCCUGCAGAUAGAUGAUGAAGCACUCCCAAAGCUCCCUGAAGAGGAAGUAGCUGUCGGCAUUAUAACAAUGGAAGACGUUAUCGAGGAGCUUUUACAGGAGGAGAUAUUUGAUGAGACUGAUCAUCAGUAUGAGGACUCAUAACACCAGUGUUUAUAGGAACCAGUGUCUUGUAGUACACAUGAUCACCAAAUAUUCGUUGAAUUUGUUUGCGCCUAGGUUCUAAUAUAGGUAAUCAGGUUCGAUACCGAACUGAUGUUGCAUCUGUUAGUACUCUAGUAUGUCACCCGACUUCAUCUGUUUUAAGGUGAAUGGCAAAUUUUAUCCGGGGUUAAUAGUGAGAGAUAUGAGAAUGGUCUUGGACAUCGACUGUUGAGGAAGCUUAAAUUUGGCAGACGUUUAAUUGGUGGCAACAGUUCGAGUUACCUGAUCUUUAUCCGACUACACAGUUCGAGUUCGGUUUUUAAAACGAAAGUGAUAUAUGGGAUUGCAAUAUUAUUUGUCUAUCGUCUAAGAAAGUUGGUACUGAUGCUCUUCUUUGAA